CUCUCUCUCUCUCUCUCUCUCCAAUCUCCGCGAUCAGAAAUUUCCCAAAUCUGAGAAACUCCCACCCCAAUCGCUAAUCGGAACACCGAAAAGAUGGCGCCAUCCACCUUCAGCGGCGACGAAACGGCACCGUUCUUCGGCUUCCUUGGCGCGGCGGCCGCCCUCGUCUUCUCCUGUAUGGGAGCGGCGUACGGGACGGCGAAGAGCGGCGUGGGCGUGGCGUCGAUGGGGGUGAUGAGGCCGGAGCUGGUGAUGAAGUCGAUUGUUCCGGUUGUUAUGGCGGGAGUGUUGGGUAUCUACGGUUUGAUCAUUGCUGUGAUUAUCAGUACUGGGAUUAACCCAAAGGCCAAAUCUUACUACCUCUUCGAUGGGUACGCCCACCUCUCCUCCGGUCUGGCUUGUGGACUCGCCGGACUUUCCGCCGGAAUGGCCAUCGGCAUCGUUGGCGAUGCCGGUGUUAGGGCGAACGCACAACAGCCAAAGCUUUUUGUUGGCAUGAUUCUGAUUCUCAUCUUUGCCGAAGCUUUGGCUUUGUAUGGCCUGAUUGUCGGUAUCAUCCUUUCAUCCCGAUCUGGACAGUCCAGAGCAGAUUAGAGAUACCAUUGCUGUCAGCUUCCAAUGUGAAUGUUGUUGGCACCUUGGUUGCUCGCAGGUUUGUGACGCUCAUUCACAAUGUGCAGUGUUUCAUAGAGUUAUUCGUCUUGCGUAGGCGGGAAGAAAGAUCCUUUUCCGAUUGGAGAAUUCCGAGUGAAUUGUGUCUGAAAUAAAGCUUUUUGUUAGCUGUUUUUUCACCUUCUAUUUUUUUUCCUUUUACAUAUUAGUUCGGUAUCAUGUAGAAAUCGUCCACGGAACGUCGUUUAUGUUUCUGAUCAUCGCAUUCAAUGGUAUUACUACCAUUUGAUCAUUUGUACUAGGAAAUGCAUAAUACUUCAAUAACCUUUGGAAACAUAAUCUCACUUACUCUAGAAA